AGCUUUGCAAAAGACUAACCAAGGAGGUUUAACUUGCACGAAAUGAAAUACGAAUUGCUUGAACGUUUUAAAUACGAAAUUGAAUUAAAUUGAGUGGUGUUAAUUCUCAAGAUUAGUGGUUAUUGUUUCAUUUUAUCUAUAUGAAUACUUAAUUCAAUUAAUAAUCUGAAUUUUUGAUUAAUUUCUUAAUUCAUUCGUUUUUUAUGGCUUCAUUGAAUAUUGAGAGAGUUUUUGUUGCGCAUAAAGACCGAGAGAAAGAAGAACAGAAGAAAACUUUUAGAAGGAAAGCACUUCUUAUAUUAAUUCACAGUUAUUUGGAAGAAUUCGGGUUUACUCAAGCUGCAGAUGCCUUGAGAUGUGAAAUAAAUUUUCCUAUCCAAGAUUAUACGGUCUGUGAUAAUAUUCAUUUGGAAUCUGUUUUGCAGGAUUUUGAGUCGUAUUAUUUCUUGAAGUACCAAAAAGUGCCUUUAAUUGUGAAAAAAGUGCCUGAAGAUAAGAAAAAGCAGGCCCAAAAUGGAAAAGGAAAACAUCAAAGAUUUAAGAAAGAUCAGAAGAAUUUGUUCACUUUUCGAAAGCAUAUAGGAGUAGUGGCAGAAAAUAAACUAACUGAUGCUAUGCAAGUCUUUCCAUUUUGUGCUUCUGUAGAACAUGAGAACUUCUGUAGUGAUGUAGUGACUGAAGCUGAUUCACAAAUUUUAGAACCUCUAGUAGCAUUUGAAAAUUUUUCUGACGAAUGGAAGUCCAUGGCAAAUCUUAUAAUGCAGGAUAUAAAAUGCCAGAAUUAUUCUGCUAAUUGGCACGAUAUCAUUGGCCAUGAAAGGGCUAAAGAACUGUUAAAGGAAGCCAUUGUUUAUCCUGUGAAAUAUGGUCAACUUUUUACAUCAGUCAUGUCAACUUGGAAAGGGAUUUUGCUGUAUGGGCCACCUGGUUCUGGUAAAACUAUUCUUGCACAUGCUGCUGCAUCAGAAUCCAGAGCAGUGUUUUUAAAAGUAUCUGCAUCUACAUUGUUAAGUAAAUGGAGGGGAGAAUCUGAGAAAUUAGUAAAGGUAUUGUUUGAUUUGGCUAAAUAUUAUGCUCCAUCAGUGAUAUUUGUAGAUGAAAUUGAUUCUCUGAUUAGUCAUAGAUGUGGGGAUCAUGAAGCUAGUAGAAGAAUGAAGACAGAAUUCUUUUUACAAAUGGAUUGUUUGGCAUCGUAUGACAAAUUUGUGUUGUUUAUGGGGGCUUCAAAUAUGCCAUGGGAACUGGAUUGUGCUCUAAUAAGAAGAAUGGAAAAGCGUAUUCUUAUUUCACAACCUGAUGCUGAAAAUAGAACUCUUUUAUUUAAGAAAUUCUUACCACCAUGCCUUGAUAUUGCUAAAAAUGUGAAAAUGCAGAUAAAUUUAAAUUAUGAGGAACUUUCAAAAGCUACAAAUUGUUAUUCUGCUGCAGACAUUGAACUUAUCUGUAAAGAAGCAAAAAUGAACUGUAUACGUCAAGCAUUUAAAGCUCUAGAGAACAGUAAAGAUGGCAAAAUUCCUUCAGGAAGAAUUUUCAUUGAGCCUCUAAAAAUUUCUGAUGUCUUCCUUGCUAUAAAAAGAACGAAACCAGCUACAUCAGAGUUAUUAGAAAAAUACAUGAAAUGGAGAGAUGAGCAUGGGUCUGAGUGAAAAUUAGUGUAAUGAAAUAUUAUGUUCAAAAGUGGCAUUUGUUUAUAUUCAAUUAUUUACUGAUAAAAUUGUUUUUAUCAAGCUUUCCUAUAAAAUAUAAGAAAAAUUUUACGUUAAAUUAAAAUUUGUUGAAAUAUUAUAACUGUGUCAUUAUUUUAAUAAAAGAUCUUGAUUAUUAUUA